AUGAUUAAGGAGUUACAACGAAAAUAUGCCAACAUCACAACAAAGGUCUUGAGGCUCUUCAAAUCGCUGUGUGAGGAAUGUCAGAAGAAAAGGAAAAGGCCAAUGGCCAAGGGUGUCGUGGUGUGUCCUAUCUUCAGCAAGGAAUUUGCAUCUAGGAGUCAGGUUGAAUUGACUGACAUGGAAUCAAUGCCACACUCCAACUUUAAAUGGAUCAUGGUGUACCAAGACCAUCUCACCAAAUUCUGCAUUCUUCAUCCUCUUCAAACCAAACGUGCUGCAGAGGUUGCCUUCCAGCUUGUAGAUAUCUUCCUUCUCAUAGGUGCCCCUGAUGUUCUUCAAAGUGGUAAUGGUUCACAUCCAGGGUGA